CGCGUGCGGCCGUUUGGGCCCUUCCUCGGGGCCGGUGUCCGCGCUCGGGCAGCAGCGACCCAAGCGAGGCCUCGCGGGCUGGUCUACGAGCAGCACGGGGAGCCGGCUCAGGUCUUACAUCUAAAAGACAUAGAUCUGUCAACACUGGGUGAUUCUGGAGUCCACGUGAAAAUGAUUGCAGCCCCUAUCAAUCCAUCAGACAUCAAUAUGAUUCAAGGAACUUACGCUAUUCUAGCUGACUUGCCUGCAGUUGGUGGGAAUGAAGGAGUUGGACAGGUGGUAGAAGCUGGGCGUCACGUGACAUCUCUGAAGCCAGGUGACUUGGUGAUCCCAGCUGAUGCAGGCCUUGGAACAUGGCGAACAGAGGCAGUGUUUAGUGAGGAAACCCUUUUUUGUCCCAGACCAGACCUCCAGGAGCUUAUAGACAGACUGAAGUCCCUUGGAGCAGACUAUAUCAUCACAGAAGAGACAUUGAGAAAACCAGAAAUGAAAGAAUUAUUCAAGAAAAUUCCUCAGCCUGUGUUAGCUUUGAAUGGCGUAGGAGGGAAAAGUGCUACCGAGUUACUGCGUCAUUUGCAGCAUAAAGGGACUAUGGUUACCUAUGGUGGGAUGUCAAAGCAGCCAGUCACAAUCCCUGUGAGUGCACUGAUCUUCAAGGAUGUGAAGCUCCGUGGCUUUUGGAUGACCCGUUGGAAGAAGGACAACAGCCACAAUAAAGAGAAGCUAAAAGACAUGAUCGCAGAUCUGUGCACCCUCGCUCGCAAGGGUCAACUCACUGCUCCAGCCUGCCAGGAGGUGCCUCUGAUCGAUUACCAAAUUGCUGUGAAGGCUUCGAUGAAGCCAUUUGUGUCAGCUAAGCAGAUCCUCCGCAUGUAGAAGGUGUCCCAUGGGAAAAGUGUAUGCAGCUCGUUAAGGUGGAUUUCCAUUCCUGCUGUGGCUCGAUUGCUUCCAGGACUAGAGAACCGAAUUGCUACAAAGUCCCCUUCCCUGUGGCUCAGCAGAUUGACUUCAGAAGGAAAACUGUGGUGGGGGACCGGGGGGGGGGGGGCAGCUGCAGACACUGAAUGUACAAAUAGGAUCACAGUCAAAUGAUAAUGAUGUUGUGGGAGAUUAAGAACUUUGUUUCUGCACAACCAGGGAAUGCUUGUGAGUUUCAGUGCAAAAGGUGAGAUGACAGACCACCUUUCACGACCUGCCUUGAGCCGUUCUGCAUCCUGGCCACCUUUUCAGUAGAGAAGCUGCAGAAAUGGUGCUCUGUGUGUGCACUCCGAAUGCCCAGCGCCAACGCUCCCGUGACCUCCUCACCUCUUUUCUGAUAAUUUAUUUAUUUUAUUUAUUAAAACAUUUUUAUGCCGCCCCAUUCGCCGAAGCCUCGGGGCGGCUUACAACAAAAAAAUAAAAUAACAUUUUAAAAUACAUACAAUAAAA